AUGGCGCGACACUUGGACGGCAAACCCCAAGGCCCUGCCAACGCCGAUGCCGAUCCGUCGCUGGAAAAGGCUCCCCGCGACGGCGUCACCCACGUCCAGGGCGCUGCCAGCUUCCUCGAGUCCUCCCGGCUGGAUCCCUGGUCCAGGACGAGCCUUCAGCUAUACAUGAUCUUGCUCGUGGCUGCGCUCAAUGCGACUGCCUCGGGCUUUGAUGGCUCCAUCUUCAGCUCCAUCAACGCCAUGAGCCAGUACCAGGACUACUUCCACCAAAAGGAGCUUGGGUCCAACACGGGCAUCAUCUUCAUGAUGUUCACCGUCGGCAACAUGAUUGGAUCCCUCUUCACCGGCCCCAUCUGCGACCACUUUGGCCGUCGCAUCGGCAUGAUGUCCGGCUCCGUCUUGAUCGUCGUCGGGGCUGCCGUCCAGACUGCCGCAAAAAGCGACGCCUACCUCCUGGGCGGCCGCUUUGUCCUGGGCUUUGGCGUCUCCAUCGGGACCUCGUCUGCCCCGACCUACGCCCUCGAGCUGGCGCCGCCCCAGUGGCGAGCCCGCGUCGUCGGCUAUUACAAUACCUUCUUUUACACGGGGUCCAUCCUGGCCACGGGCGUGGCUUACGCCUCCAGCAAGUCGCCGGGCGAGCUGGCCUUUCGCCUCCCGCUAUCGCUGCAGGUCAUACCUCCCUUGUUCAUCUUCGUCGGAGCCGUCUUUAUACCGGAAUCGCCCCGCUGGCUUACCAUGUGGGGGAAGAGGGACCAAGCCGCCCGCAUCCUGGCCAAGUAUCACGGAGGCGGCGACCCCGACCAUCCUCUCGUCCAGCUCGAGCUCCGCGAGUUCGAGUCAAACAUUGAGCUCCAAAAGACGUCGAGCGUCUGGAACUACUGGGCCCUCGUCAACACGCACAACGCUCGAUGGCGCUUUGCCAUGAUGGCCUUCAUGUCCGUGUUUGCUCAGCUGUCCGGCAACUCGGUGCUGACGUAUUACCUGCCGUCCAUGUAUAAGCUGCUCGGAAUCGUCUCGACGGAGCGCCGGCUGCUGCUCACCUUCAUGAACUCGAUUGUGUCUUGCGCGGGCGCCGUCGCCGGCUCAGCCACCAACGAUCGCAUAGGUCGGCGCACCAAGCUAUGGGUUGGCAGUUUCGUCCUCGCUGGGCUUUUUGGUGCCGUCACUGGAUUCUCUAGUCAGUUUGGAGGUCAGAAGCAGGUCGGCAUUCGCCUCUCCAAUGGUGGAGUCGCAUUUAUCUUCCUCUUUGGAUGCGCAUACUCCUUUGUCUACACGCCAUUGACCGCCACCUACUGUGCCGAGGUGCUCGCCAAUCCAACCCGUGCCAAGGGCAUGGGCGUGCACGUCAUCCUCUCCAACAGCGCCAACCUGUACAACUCGUACGUGACAGCCAUUGCGCUCGAUGCCCUGGACUGGCGGUACUAUCUAGUCUUUGUUGGCUUGAACAUGAUUUACGGCGUUGUUUGGUACAUCUUUGGCGUGGAAACUCGCGGGAGGACUCUUGAGGAAAUGGACGUCGUGUUUGACGCAAAGUUUCCGCCGCGCGCCGCUCACCAGAAGACGACUGUGCCGAGGAAUGGCGACCGGAGCCCCGAGAUCUGA